UCUCAUGCUCUCCUGCAGGCCAUGUUUGAGACCUUCAACACUCCUGCCAUGUAUGUGGCCAUCCAGGCAGUGCUGUCCCUGUACGCCUCUGGUCGUACCACUGGUAUUGUCACGGACUCCGGUGACGGUGUGACCCACACUGUGCCCAUCUAUGAAGGCUACGCUCUGCCCCAUGCCAUCCUCAGAUUGGACCUGGCUGGCAGGGACCUCACAGACUACCUUGGUAAAAUCCUCACUGAGAGGGGCCACAACUUUACCACCACAGCUGAGCGUGAGAUUGUGCGUGACAUUAAGGAGAAUCUGUGCUAUGUUGCCCUGGACUUUGAGAGAGAGAUUGAAAGAGCUGCCUGCUCUUCGUCAUUGGAUAAGAAGUAUGAGCUGCCUGAUGGACAGGUCAUCACUAUUGGGAAUGAGAGGUUCCGUUGCCCAGAGGCUCUCUUCCAGCCCUCAUUCCUUGGUAUGGAGUCUUGUGGUAUCCAUGAAACUACCUUUAACAGCAUCAUGAAGUGUGACGUUGACAUCCGUAAGGACCUGUACGCCAACACUGUGCUGUCUGGAGGUACCACCAUGUACCCUGGCAUUGCUGACCGCAUGCAGAAGGAGAUCACUUCACUGGCACCCAAAAACCUAAAAAUCAAGAUUAUUGCUCCCCCAGAGAGGAAGUACUCUGUAUGGAUUGGAGGCUCCAUCCUGGCUUCUCUGUCCACCUUCCAGGACAUGUGGAUCAGCAAGCAGGAGUACGAUGAGUCCGGCGCCAGCAUCGUCCACAGAAAGUGCUUCUAGAUAGACCGCCCUCAACCUACCAAAGCACACACUGCUACAAACCCCAUAGUGACUGGCUCUGCAUGCAUGUCUACAUCACCAGAAUGAUGUAUGCCGAGCUUACACCUCUUCCAUUUUUAAUUCAUCACUCUGGGUAUGGUACCAUGCACCCUGAUGGGGAGAAAUUCUUCCGCCUGAAUUUAUUUCCAAAAUUAAGCCCAUUGAUAUUGGAAAAGUUUGUAUGAUAACACUCAGUACAUUAAUAAAUUCAUAAAUCAAGCAAAAUUCUAUUACUUUUUUUGUUCUGCCUAAUUUGCACAACUUCUGUUUUUUGCUUCACUAUUACUUUAUUAUUACACAUAUGCUUUCACACUAAUGCUCUUAUUAACUAUGAGUAUUCUUCCCAGUGAAAUCUGGAAAAUCUACAUCUUACAGAUUGAACAAUUUUAUAAUAUAGUGAAAUGCAGAGAUUGGGUUAAGCUUCGUGAAGAUGUAUUUGACAAAUUUUGGGGUGUAAAACACAACACUGAACACUGAUUGAAAGUAGAGACGCAUUUCCUCUGAGUACUUUGCUAGUUUUAUUCAUAGCCACCUGCUACAAUGAAUGGAGGGAAAGACUUUAUCUUAUUUUUCUGCAAAUAUUGAUUUAUAAAGAUGAAUUAAUAGCACAAUGUUAAGGUAAAAGCCGUGCUCUAAUGACUUAAUUUUGUUUUCUGUAUUAGUAUUUUUUUUAUCAGCAGACUUUUCUUUUUCUUAGAGAUGCACUGUAUUUAGGUG